UUUUAUUAAUUACUUAUGCCAUCACUUUUUCCUGUACAUCACUUGUUUACGUAGUCAAAAUAAAUAAUAUAUACACAUAUGAACUGGAAGAGUAGUUUCUCGUUGUGUUUUUGAAAGUCUAUGAGUGGUUUGCAAUGUCAGCUUCGAUCAAUGUUUUUUUACUUGUUUUGUGUUUAUAUGAUCUACAGUUCAUUCAUUCAAGCAACUCUGUGACAGAGACUAAUAUCUGCAAAAAUUUCACAGAAAAUUACGUCAACCGAAAGAAAUACAUAUCUUUAAAUCAACUAUCCAACACGUGUGAAAAUGAAUCAUGUUUUGGGCGGACCAGGAAAUUUGAAGUAUUUUUUAAUAUUAAACUGGAUCCACAUGAAUGUUACAUAAAUGUUGUCAGUCGUGAAGAUAUAAACGAAUACAGUAUAAAUAGUGGUUGCUGGGGAUAUGCAUAUGAAUAUACAACAACAAAUGGAACAAAUACAACUAAUUAUUCUCAAUUCAGCAAGAGUUGGAAUGAAGCUGUAUUUACCAUACCAGUAAGUUGCAAUAAGAAACAAACUUACAAUUUCUCGAUAUAUUAUCUACCUUCGCGUUUAUUGUCCAAAGAGAGUUGGACAUCAUUCAGCAAAUGUGAAUUCGCCAUCCUCCAAUUUUUACGACAAAACGUAUCGGAAGCAAGAUGUUUUAAUUCGACAGCCUUAAAUGAAAAAAGAAAGUUUGUUGAAGCCAUGUGCAAAAAACACUCAGACAAUGAAGAAAUGGUUCUAGCAGAUUUGAAGAAUAGAUUAACUGCAGAAAACUGCGCACAUGAAAUACUGGUCAUGUCUGGGAAAGUUGACCCAGAUUUUAUCUGCAAUAAGACGCACUUCAUUAAAGCAUAUGUUAGGCAAGAUAAAUAUGCAUCAUUAACGAAAUUAUCAAACACAUGUCGUAAAAUUAAUGAGGAUAAACCAAAUUGUAUCGGACCGGUAUUGAAUUUUAAAAUUCUCUUUGAUUCAAAACUGUAUCCAGAUCAAUGUUACAUUAAUGUUACCAGUCAUGAAGAUAUAUCCGAAUUCAGUGUCAAUGGUUGUUGGGGAUAUGCAUAUGAAUAUACCACAACAAAUGGAACAAAUACAACUAAUUAUUCUCAAUUCAACAAGACUUGGGAUGAGGCUGUAUUUACCAUACCAGUAAGUUGCAGUGAGAAACAAACUUAUAAUUUCUCGAUAUAUUAUCUACCUACACGUUUGCUCAAACAACUACGGUGGAGUCCGUCAGAAUCAUGUGAAUACCGCGUGCUGGACUAUUUAUAUCGGGAGGCUUCGAAUAAAAGAUGUCAACCUAUUCCUGAUGUAUCCGAAAGAUCAAAUUUCGCUAACAUACUUUGCAAGAACUUCUCAGGCAACGCGGAAUUGGCUGUAAAAAAGUUGGCAGAUUGUUCACCAACUUUCGAUCCUAAAUCUAUCUGUAGAAAAUCAUAUUUCAAAGAACAUUACAUCAAGCCUGAUAAAUACAAAUCUUUACAGAACUUGUCUCUAACCUGCAAAGAGGCGUACUAUCACACCUGCUAUGGAAGCCCAAUGAAUUUUACCUUUUCGCUUAUAACAAAAACAAAUUCAAAUUGCUAUUUGCUCAUUCUCUCAACAGAAGAUAUACGCAAGGAUAGCGAAAACAUUGGUUGUUGGGGAUUUGCAUACGAAUAUACAUCGAAUGGGAAAAAAAUAACUAAUUAUUCUCAAUUUAACAAGAAAUGGAAUGAAGCAAAGUUCAUAGUACCCAUAAGCUGCAUGGAAAAAAAGACAUAUACUAUGUCAGUAUUUCUAUUGCCAACACGGAUUUUAUUGCGUGAACAAUCAUGGACUUCGCCUAAUCAAUGCGAAUUUCAAGUAUUACAACUGUUGCGCAAAAAAAUUAUCGAGAAUGGCUGCAGCAAUGCUAUAGACCAGCAUACAAGACUACAGUUUUCAGGCAUGGUUUGCAAGAAGCAUACCGAUGUAUUGGAAACACUAGGCGAAUCCUUGUCUAUUCAAAACUGCGAACUUACAAUACGUAGUGUGUCUCACAAGAAGCAAGAUUAUAAGGAUAUCAUAGCAGGGGUAACAUCUUCAGCAGUCUUUGUUAUGAUCCUUGUUAUAUGCAUGCUUCGAUUCAUUAAACGAAAGAGAAGUCUUGAAUCCGGAAGUUAUCUAACUGAAUUUCCACUUAAUGCAGAAGAAGAUACAAUAAAUGAUGCUCCAACAGUCAUGAUCCUAAAUCGGCCAGGAUGCGAAUUGUUGGAAAACUUUCUCCGUGACUUCGCGUUUAUUCUCAAAUCAUACUCAGUCAAUGUUAAAAUGGCAUUACUGGAACAAAACGAACUUGAUGCAGAUGGUGGUAUAGCAACAUAUAUGCAAAAAAAUAUUUCCAAGUGCGAUUAUAUUCUCAUUAUGUGCACUGAAAAUACGAAUGAAAAUCAUGUCAUCAUAAAACACAGACCUUAUGAAUUUGCAUUAAAGAUUAUUGGCGGAAUGGCGUUCCAUGAAAAUGAUUGUUCUCGUUACAUUCCUAUAUACUUAACAUCCUACCAAGAGGCAGUGUCAAUUUUGCCAUCGUUUCUAAAUGCAUCACAAACAUUUGGAUAUCGUUUACCGGACGAUAUAAGCAAGCUCAUUCAAAACCUUACAAACAGAGACAGUAUGUUAUCAAGUACGGAAAGAGAAACAAAAGAUAAUUUUUUUAUUCGGAAAAUGAUGGAUAACCGUAAAAAAAUGCUCGCAUUAGAACAUUCAAAUUGUAUCCAGGAGUAUUGUACAAAAGGUACGUCUAGAGGUAGCGUUGUGAAUUUAUCAUCCAUUUGGCCAUCCACGGUGCAAUCAAGAUGGUCAUCCACAGAAUCAUUAGACUGUGACGGUAGAAACGCAGGAAUGGAGUUACUGCCGUCUGACAAUACAACCAUGUUGUGCAAAUAUAACACUAUGUUGAAUGGGAAAGCAAUGACUGAAGAAGAAAGACAAGAAAGGGUCAAAUUGGUCAAUGGAUUCAUUGAUGAUCCUGUUUGAAUACGAGGAAGGAAAUUAUUAGCACCAAAUGAAUUACUGGUUGUGAAAACGUGAUUCGCAUUUCCGCCCCAUUUAAAUAUGUAAAAGAAAUGUAAUGCAAGGAAUUGAUGCCAAUGCAUCAUAAUACUUAUGUGAAAAACCAUAAAAAAGGAGAUACAUUUCUUAUCUCUCUUGUUUCUAUCACACAACUAUCCUUAAAUUUAUAGGUAGAAUUAAAAAAAUUCAAAAGUAAAAGUGUUACAAUAAACGUUUUUAACCUGAAAUCCUAAUAUCAAAUAGAUUUAAGAUAAAGUUAUUUGACAGAGGAAUUUGCAUACUAGUGGAUGAUGUUUUAC